AUGCCAAUAUUGAAUGGCAAUUUGAAGUCGAAUGGAAAAGUUAUACCAUUGAAUGACAGUCCAUAUCAACAAUCUAAGAAACAAAAAAUUGAUAAUACAAAUAUUACAAUACCAAACAAUUCAAUUGAACCAACACCACAAAAAGUUGUCAAGGAAAGCUUAGAAAAUGGUUUAUCUAAAACAGAUGAGAAUGAAAAAGAACUUGAAGUGAAGAAAAAACCCGAAGGACCAAAAUUAAAACCAUAUGAAAUUUAUAAAUUUGCUGAUAAAUGGGAUAUUUUAUUUAUGAUUUUGGGAACUAUUACAGCUUGGGCAUCUGGUGUAGCAAUGCCUAUAAUGAUGUGGUUAUUUCAAAGUGUUGCAAAUUCUUUAGUUAAUAUUGGCAAAGGCAAUUCUACAACAUCAUCUAAUUGUUAUAGUGAAUCAAAUUCUAGCACUGAUCCAAUAUCAGUAAUUGAAGGUAUUAUUAAAUGGUAUGCAACAUUAGGUGCAUCGAGCAUUGUUCUUCAUUGGAUGGCUUAUGGUUUUUGGAUGAGUACAACUGAACGACAAUUACGUCGAAUUCGCUAUGGACUUUUUGAAAGUAUUAUGAGACAAGAAAUUGGUUGGUUUGAUUGUUUAAAUGCUGGUGAACUAUCUAGUCGUCUUAUUGAAGAUCUUGAUAAUAUUCGAGAGGGUAUUGGUUUUCGUGUAGCUGAUUUCUUUUGUCUUCUGUCUCGAAUAAUUGCUACAUUGAUAUAUUCUUUUUAUACUGGUUGGAAAUUAACACUUGUAUUUCUGUCAAUUUCACCAUUAAUUAUUCUUUCAUUUAAUUUUUUAAUUCGAGUUAUUGUUCGAUAUACUGUAUUAGAAUUACAAGCUUAUAGUACAGCUAAUGCUAUUGCACAAGAAGUUUUAGGUGCAAUAAGAACCGUAACAGCGUUUAGUGGACAAAACAAAGAAACAGAACGAUAUGAAAAGAAUUUAACCCAAGGUCGACGUGUUGGUAUUCAAAAAGGUGUCAUGUUAGGAAUAACACAAGGUCUAGUAAAUGUUGUUUUAUAUGGUGGUAUUGCAAUUAUUUUUUGGUAUGGACCAUAUUUAAUUCGAAAUGAAUGUCAAAAUUAUUCUGCUGGUCAUUGGAUGGUUAUAUUUAUUUCUUGUUUAACAUCAACAUUUGCAUUAGCUAAUUUAAUACCAAAUAUACAAUCAUUUGCUGAAGCAUUAGGUUCAGGUGCAUAUGUAUUUCAAAUAAUUAAACGUGAAUCAAAAAUCAAUGUAUGUAAUAAUGAUGGCGAAAUUCCAUCAAAAUUUAUCGGUGAUAUUGAAUUUAAAAAUGUUCAUUUUACAUAUCCAUCACGACAAGAAGCACCUAUUCUUAAUGGUUUAAAUGUAAAAAUUCCAUCUGGAAAAACAGUUGCACUCUGUGGUCCAUCAGGUUGUGGUAAAAGUACAACAAUUCAAUUAAUUCAACGAUUUUAUGAUCCAGAUAAUGGACAAGUUAUGUUAGAUGGUUGUGACGUACGCUCGAUUAAUUUAAAAUGGCUUCGAUCAAAUAUUGGUAUUGUUUCUCAAGAACCUGUUCUAUUCUUUGGUACUAUUGAAGAUAAUAUUCGCUAUGGCAAACUUGAUGCAACCGAUGAAGACGUUAUUGCUGCUGCUAAAAUGGCUAAUGCACAUGAUUUUAUUAUGCAAUUACCACACAAUUAUAAAACAUCAUCUGGAGAUAAAUUAAGUGGUGGUCAAAAACAACGAGGUGAGAAUGAAAUAAAAACAAAAUCAAAACAAAAUUCAUUUGUUUAUUUCUUUUUAGUUGCUAUUGCUCGAGCUUUAAUUUCCAAUCCGAAAAUUUUAUUACUUGAUGAAGCAACAUCUGCUUUAGAUAAUCAAGGUGAAAAACUUGUUCAAGAAGCAUUAGAUAAAGCUAAAGAAGGUCGAACAACUAUAGUUAUAGCACAUCGUUUAAGUACAAUAAAAAAUGCUGAUAUUAUUGUUGGAUUAGAACAAGGACAAGUGGUUGAAUAUGGUACACAUAAUGAGUUAAUGCAACGUAAAGGACUUUAUUAUGAAUUAGUAACUGCUCAAAGUGAAAAAGAAAAAGAAAAAGAAGUAGAUAGUGAUAAAGAAAAUGAAAUUGAAGAAGAAUUAGCUCGACAAGCUGGUGAAUUGAUAAAACAUAGAAUACGUCGACCAUCUCGUCGUAUGUCAAUUAUGUUAAGACGUACAUCAAUUAUUUCAGUUAAAUCCAUAGCAUCAGAAAUCAAUAGUGAAACAGGACAUGAUCUUGGAGCAAUGGAUGAUGUAGAAGAAAAACCUUUUUUUAGUAUGCCAUUUCUAUUUAAAGUUUUACGAUUAAAUUCUCCUGAAUGGUUUUAUCUUUUAAUUGGUGCAAUUGCAUCACUUAUUUUUGGUGCAGUUACUCCGGUAUUUUCUUUAAUUUUUUCUAACGUAUUUGGAGCUUUAGCAGAAACAGAUUUAAACAAGCAAGAAGAUGAAAUACGUACCUAUACAUAUGUAAUUUUUUUAGUUGGUCUUGCUGGUGCAAUAAGUCAAAUAAUAUCAUCAGUUACUUUAGCUAAAGCUGGAGAAGAAUUAACAAUGCGUAUGAGAAUAAUAUCUUUUAAAACUAUAUUACGACAAGAAAUUGGAUGGUUUGAUAUGGAUGAAAAUAAUUUAGGAGCAUUAGUGACACGACUUUCUUCUGAUGCAGCUUCACUUAAAGGAUUUACUGGUCCUACGUUUGGUGCUAUUCUCACUGCCAUAGGUGCAUUAAUUACAGCUCUUGUUAUUAGUUUUGAAGCUGGAUGGAAACUUACGUUAGUUAUUCUUUGUUUUACACCAUUAAUGGUUUUUACAGGUCUUAUUCAAGGUCAACAAUUUUCUAAGGCAGCUGGAGAUAAAAAAGAAACAACAUCUGAUGCUGAAGAUGGAGGAAAACAUGCAACACAAGCUAUUGAAAAUAUUCGUACAGUUGUAUCACUUAGUCUAGAAGAACAUUUUAUUCAAUUAUAUGAAGAAGCAUUUGAUCGUGAUUUUCGAAGUCGUAUGUUGUAUCUUCAUUAUAUAGCCUUUGCUAAUGCUCUUGCUAAUUCAUUGAUGUUUUUUAUCCACGCAGCAGCAUUUGGUUAUGGUGUGACGCUUAUUCAAAAUAAAGAAAUGACCUUUGAUGGUGUUUUUCGAGUCUUUAGCGUUGUUACUUUCGCUGCAAUGUCUAUUGGACGUAGUGCAUCUAUGGCACCAAGUUAUUCAAAAGGCAAAGCUAGUGCUAAACGUAUUCUUGAAUUAAAUAAACGUGAAUCAAAAAUUGAUCCUGAGGAUUCAUCUGGCAUUACACUUUCUGAUGUAACUGGAAAUAUUGAAUUUCGAGAUGUUCGAUUUCGUUAUCCAGCUCGACCAAAACUUCGUAUAUUACGUCAUUUAAAUUUGACAUGUAAUUCAGGUGCAACAACAGCACUUGUUGGUCCAUCGGGUAGUGGAAAAUCGACAACUGUUGCAUUAAUACAACGUUUUUAUGAUCCACUUGCUGGUACAGUUCUUCUUGACGGACAUGAUAUAAAAACAUUAAAUAUUCAAUGGUUACGAUCAUUACUUGGUCUCGUACAACAAGAGCCUGUUCUUUUUAAUCUUUCAAUUCGUGAUAAUAUUGCUUAUGGUGAUAAUAAUCGACAAGUAACACAAGAUGAAAUUGAAGCAGCAGCAAGAAAAGCAAAUAUUCAUGAUGUAAUUACGUCAUUACCUGAGGGAUAUGCAACUUCAUGCGGUGCUAAAGGUGGUCAAUUAUCUGGUGGACAAAAACAACGAAUUGCUAUUGCUCGAGCUUUAAUUCGAAAUCCGAAAAUUCUUCUUCUUGAUGAAGCAACAUCAGCAUUAGAUAAUAAAAGUGAAAAAGUUGUUCAAGAAGCAUUAGAUCAAGCACGAGCAGGUCGAACAUGUUUAACCAUUGCUCAUCGUUUAUCAACAAUUCGAAAUUCUGAUAAAAUUUGUGUUGUUGAUCGUGGCCAAAUUAAAGAAAGUGGUCGUCAUGAACAAUUAAUUUCACAACAAGGCAUCUAUUAUAAAUUAAAUAUGGCUCAAGAACGUCCAGAAAAUUUAACAGACAAAUAG